CAAAAUAAUCCGCGAAAAGGGAGGUAACCUUAACGAAACAUUCUUUCGAUGAUUGCAUCAAAUAGUUGUUCACAUAAUUUUCUGAGGUUGCAAAAUACUGGAUGUCAAAGAUGUCAGAAUACAUUGCACCAGUGGGAGCUACGUUACUACCUCAUAUUGGAGGAGUCUUGGGUGGUUUUGUGUCAAGAAAGAACAUGAAGACAUGGUUUGAGCAUUUAGAAAAACCUUCAUGGAAACCACCUAACUGGGUUUUUGGUCCAGUCUGGACAACCUUAUACACAAGUAUGGGAUAUGCCUCGUACAUGGUGUGGAGAGAUGGUGGUGGUUUUAAUGGUGAAGCAACACUACCACUUGCCUUAUAUGGUUCACAACUUGCACUUAACUGGGCUUGGUCACCCCUCUUUUUUGGUGCUCAUAAAAUAGGGGCUUCUUUAAUUGAGAUGGGAUUUCUAUGGGGAACAGCAGGUGCUUGUGGAUAUGCCUUUGGAACUAUCAAUAGAACUGCUGGUUUACUGUUCAUUCCAUACAUGGCAUGGUUGACAUUGGCAACAGCUUUAACAUACAGAAUAUGGAAAGACAAUAAAGACAAAAUAGAUUAAUUUUUUAUUACCUUUAUACGAAUGUGAUUAAUAUAUGAAUGUCAUUGUGAUUAAAGAAAAAAACAUUUAAAGAAAACUGGCUUUUUGAAUCUUGUAGUACAGGGAUUUAAAAGUUAUGCAACAUAAAUACAAAUUUGCAUUUGA